GGGUGAUCUCCUAACAAACAGCUGUUGCAGCUGCAGAGGGGAAAAAGGAGAAAGCUCAGGAGCAGCAGCAGCAAUCCGACCCCUGCAACAGCUUUAUCAUGAAUAUGUACCUGUUUGUGUAUGACUUAAUGCAAUUCUGUGGACAUUCUUGGAUAUUUACAAAUAUGAUCAUCAGGUUCAUGACAUUUGGAAAAGAUUCACUGGCUGACACGUUUCACUCCAUAGGACUUGUAAUGCGCCUUUGCCAGUUGUUCUCUGUAUUGGAGAUCCUGCACAUCCUCAUCGGCAUUGACAAAAGCCGUCUCCUCCCCAGGUUUUUGCAGAUCACUGAGAGAAUAAUUAUUUUAUUUGUCGUGAUCAACAGUCAGGAAGAAGUUCAAGGGAAAUAUGUCGUCUGUGUUUUAUUUUUCCUUUGGAAUUUAUUAGAUGUGGUCAGGUACACUUACAAUAUGUUGGCAAGGAUGGGCAUAUACUACCUACCACUAACAUGGCUCAACUUCUCACUGUGCAUCCCGCUUUAUCCUCUUUCAGUUCUGGCUAAAGGAUUUGCAAUUUGUGUAUCAGUGCCUUAUUUUGAAUCCUUUGGCACAUACUCUAUCAAGCUACCAUUUCCAUUCACCUUCUCAAUCUACUUCCCCUAUGUUCUGAAAAUAUACCUGCUAGUGCUCUUUGCAGGUAUGUGCUUUAUCAUCCGGAACCUUUUCUCUGAGAGAAUGGCACACCUAGGGACAGGCAACAUCAAAAAUAAAAGAAGCUAAGUUGAUAUUUUGUUUGGAAGGACAAAAUAUAUUCCUAGGGGAUUGCUGCACAUCAUAGUUAAAAACAAACUGGAAAGAUUUCUCAAUGCAAAACUCCUCUUUGCAUGAACAUUAUCUGGCUGUGUAGAAUUUUCAGAAAAGGUGGAUCUCUUGACUGCACCUCAAAAAUACAGCAGCUUUUGGAAACUUUUGAAUGUGUUUUGAAAACUUUUUGACUUCAAGUGGCCAGAGUUUUUUAAACUAAUUUUUUUUCUAAUAUAUGUUACAGAAUUCUGAAAAAAUUGAAGCGUGCCACAACUCACUGCCACACCCUUAUUUCAGUGUUAAUUUUUACCUAUAGCUACAGAUACUCUGUAAUGACAAUAUCAUUUAAUCUGUAAGAUUACUUUAUACUAGGCCAACGUGUAUGUACCUCAUAUAUAAAUGCUAAAUUGGCUGGAACUGGAAUCUCUCAAGGAGCAGAAGUCAGUACCUUUGCAACCUAGAGACUAACAUGCUGAUUAACCCAGGCAUUCACUAAGGAUCCUUCACAUUCUGGCUCCAUCCUUCAGUUGUCAAAAGACAGUUCCAGAAAAUGUAGCUAAAUCAGAAAGGCAAGUGUUAAGGUACUCUACUAUAUAUUCAAGGGGAAGUUUAAGGGUCAGAAAUAAACACUUGUAAUCAUGUGUUUGGCAUGUCAGUCUCUUCUCCCACAAUUAUUUUCUUCCAUGCUGAACAGCAGACAGAUAUGUGCAAAAGAAGUGUGAUGAGGUCAGGUCAAAUAAUAUGUUGUUCCUAAAAGGGAACUGAAUUACUGUCAAAAGCCAUGUGCAAAAUUCUAGGCAUUUUACUCAAUUGUAUUGCUGCUUAUACUUCUCUAGGAUAAACUGUGAGAAUGCAACUAGAAGAUAAGCUUUUCAAAGUUUGCCAAUGAGGAAUAUACACAGCAACCCAGUGGAUUAUACAGGCAAGAAUAGCCAAAUAAUUCCUUAGAGGCUGGCAGGAGCUUUUCUGAUUUUUCAUCUGUAUUGGUUAUCACCUACAUUUCAAUUCAAGCAUGUGGGGGAGAAAAGUGAGGUUGUUUUUUUUUUUUUUUUAGCUGUUUGAAAACUGUGGGAAAGGAGCCUAGAUAGUAGGAAAAGGAGAGAAGGUAAUAUUUAAAGGGAAACUAAAUACUGUUAAAAUAUGAAGAGGCUUUUUCCUGUAUGACUUUUCAAACCACGCAGCCUGAGGUUAUAUAAGGAAACAGUGAAGCUAAAUUAAUUUGUUUUGAAAGGUCACCUACUAUAAUUUUUAUUUAUUUAAUAAAUGUGGCAUACAAUGCCUAUAGACUAUUUUGACCACCAAGUAUUUACAGACCAUAAGGAACAAGAUCACGCUUAGAAUAGUAUAGUGACAACCCUGUAUUAGUUUUUUUCAAACCACUGUAAACAGAAAUUUGGAACUUAGUAGAGAAACAGGAGUGCUUUCACUCAGGGCUUCUGUCUGACCCAAACUGAUUCAAGUGUGAACAGUGUUAACAAACAUAUAGAGCAGCUGAAUAAGAUGACAGUUUUGAAGACAGCCAUAGUAAGUCCACAUUAAACCACUGUAUAGCUUGCUAAAGUUGAAACAUGAAAAUUUUUUCCUUGGAAAUUCAAUCCAAUAUGCCAGAAACAGCUGGUUCCAGCCAGUUCCAAAAUGGAGCCACUGCAGGACAGCAAAGAUGAUGGCAUGGCUCCUCUCUGAAAACUUAAGGUAAGAAAUAUUAUGCAGCAGCUGUGAGAAGAAGAGUAAGAAAAAUGUAAGAGUAAGAAAAAAAAGACACUGUAGACACCAAGGUCAGUGGAGAAGAUGAAGAGCUACUCUAGGCACUGCAGCAGAUUUCUCAGUGGGCCAUGAAGAAGACCAUGGUGGACCACGUUGUCUCUCUGCAACCCAUGAAGAAACACACCAGACAAGAUAUCCACACGGCAGCCUGUGGAGGACCCCAGGCUGGAGCAGGUGGCUGUGCCCUGAGGGAAGCUGCAGCCCAUGGAGAGCCCACACAAGCAAAGCAGGAACAGUGGCCCACUAAGGACCCCUACUGAGGUAGCUUUUUCCUAAAAGACUGUACCACAUGCUCUAUGCUAGAGCAGUGCUUGAAGGGCUGCAGCUUGUAAGAAGAAACCAUGAAGGAGUGUGUCCCAUAGGAGGGACCCCAUGCUGGAGCAGAGCAACAGUGAGAAGACAAACAAGUAGCAGAGAUUAAGGUUUAUUACCUAAAUGCAAUCCCCACAUCCACCUUGUACUGCCUGGGGAGGGAGUAGGUAGAAAAUGCAGGAAUGGAGGCGUAAAGUGAACCUAGGAAAAAGGGAGGCAUAGGGGGAGGUGAUUUUAGUUUUGC